AUGUAUUACUAUGAUAACGACACUUCCGGUUGUGAUCUCGGUUCAGCGUUUUCCAGUGGAUCCAUGGUCUUACCAGUACUUUACUACCUGCUGUUUUGUCUUGGUCUGCUCGGUAACGUGACAGUCCUCUGGGUUCUCCUCCGCUACAUAAAGUUGAAAUCUAUGACGGAUGUGUGCCUCCUCAACCUGGCCCUGUCUGACCUCAUGCUGGCUGUAUCUCUGCCCCUGUGGGCCCACGAGCCCCAGAACCUGGCGUCGUGCAGGCUGAUGACAGGAGUCUAUCAGCUGGGUUUCUACAGCGGCAAUCUGUUUGUGACCUUAAUGAGCAUGGACCGCUACCUGGCCAUCGUCCACGCCGUGGCAGCCAUGCGAGCCAGGACGCUACGCUACGGGAUCAUAGCUAGCAUCGCCAUCUGGUUUGUCGCUGCCGUCCUGGCAACACCUCAGCUGAUAUUUGCCUCCUUGGAGAUAGAGGAAGAUGACCCACGUUGCCAGCCUCUGUACCCCGAGCACAUGCUGCAGUUCUGGAAGAUGCAGCAAAACUUCAGUGAAAACACAGUGGGCCUUUUCGUCUGUCUCCCCAUUAUGAUUUUCUGCUACGUGAAAAUUCUUGUGGUGCUGUCCAGGUCCAGGAACUCCAAUAAGGCCAAAGCUGUGAAGCUGAUAUUCAUCAUAGUGUGUGUGUUUGUGGUGUGCUGGGUCCCUUACAAUGUCAUAGUUUUCCUUCAGACACUGCAGCUCUUUGGAAUCAGGGACAACUGUGAGGCUUCGAAAACCCUCUACUCUUCCAGAUGCAUUGCUGAGAUCAUUGCAUUGGCUCACUGUUGCGUGAAUCCGGUCAUCUAUGCGUUUGUCGGGGAGAAGUUCAGGAAGUCACUGGGCAAGGUGAUGACGAGAUGCUUCUGCUGGAGUAAUCAGAGUAGAGUGGCUUUCAGCCUCAGGGACACCACAGAGAAAGAGACUUCCAACACGCCCGUAAAAUCAGAUUACUGAAGAAUGUAAAACAUGCCUGGUGGCUCUGUGGUGGUGGUGUGUGCAUGUGUGGUUGUGAUGAUUCAGCAGUGUGUGAGUGUGUAGUGCUGGGGAGAUGGUGCUUGUUAGAACUGUAAAAUGGUGCACUGAAAAUUUCCAGAAACGAGGGAAUGAUUCAGUUUUGAAA